AUGGCUACCAUCGUCGACGAGUAUCUGGACACCCAGAUGGACACUGACGAUGUCUUCCCUUGCAAAGGGUGCGGCGAGAUUCUCGAAGAAGGGAAAGCCUUUGAACUGGCUGGCAACCGGUGGCACCUUGACUGUUUCCGUUGCAACACUUGCGGCACCCUCCUCGACUCAGACGCAAACCUGCUCCUCCUCGGUGACGGCUCUCUCAUCUGCAACAACUGCACCUACAGUUGCAGCGCCUGUGGCAACAAAAUCGAAGAUCUCGCCAUCCUCACCGGGGACCAAGCUUUCUGCGCCACCUGCUUCCGAUGCCGAAACUGUAAACGCAAGAUCGAGAACCUGCGAUACGCGAGGACAUCGCAGGGCAUCUUCUGCAUGGGGUGCCAUGAGACACUAAUGGCCAGGCGCAGGAAAAAAUCCAAGGCGGCCGCCGCCGCCAAGGCUCGCGAGAAAGAGAACUCGCCUGCCAUGACCGAAAAGUCCCUGCCCGCGCUGCCGCCCAACGCGAUCCCCAACAACGCCUUCUCCAACGAUCGUGUCGACCCCGACUCUGACACCCCGACCGAGCUCUCCCCGCGACCCCGCCCGGGCCACAGAUACGACGAGUCGUUAUCCCGAGGCAGCUCCCGGCCUGCCCGUUCUCCGGAGCGCGAGGCGGCCGCCAAGUCCGAGGGCCUCAGCCUCCCGGCGACCACAUACCGAAAGAACCGCAACUCGGGCAUGUAUGCCACUGUAGAUCCCUCAGAGUCGCCCGACAGCUUCUUCAUCCCUAUCGGUGUUGAUCCAAGCCCUGGCCCGUACAGUGGAACCCCCCGGUCGACGUCGGACAGCGCUGGCGCGAAAAAGGACAAGGACUACUUCGGCGUGCCCAAGUCAUCGUCUGGUUCGUCGGAGAAGCGCAGCGACUCCCACGCAUCCACGCCGCACAUUGCCUUCCAGGAGAAGGGUCGGCAGCACUCGUCUGACCACGAUGUCACGCAAGCCAAGUCACAGCCGCGAAAUCAGUCCAAGGGUUCGGACCAGGACCAGAGUAAGACGUCUCCAUCAGGGAACGAGUUCCAACUCCAGGAUGCCCCCAGGACAAAGAGCCUCGCGUCGCGAAGCAAUAGCUCCAACUCUGUGCCCCAAGACGGCGCGUCUGGCAAGUCGGCUAAUGGCAUCUCCCGCAAAGACGGACUGUCCAACUUGUCGGAGUCAAGAAAGACAAACGACAACAUGCCACCACCUCGUCCUUCCCAGGAGUCCAAGUGGCAGGAGGACGACGAGAACAGCUCGCACGAUGUCAGCAUAAAGGGCACACCACGAACCGACAGCUCCAAGUCGAUUCCGCGUAAAGAGGUCGCCUCAAAUGCCUCCAGGAACGCAAACGGCAAGCCGGCCACCCAGGGCAGGCCCCCGGCGCCGGGCAAUAAAGCUGGAACCACCGACACGUACAUGCACCCACGCGCGGCACCUGCGCCGCCAGGUAUCCAGGGCCAUGCCACGAAGGAGUCCAUCAGCUCCAAUUACGAGCCGGCGUCUCCCAAGCACUCGCCCAAGCUACCUAGGUGGAGCAGCGGGGGGGAUUUCAGCAUGGAUGAGGACAUGGCUAGGAUCCUGGGAACUGACGAAGGUUCAUCCUCCAUUCUGCGCAGAGUCUCGAACGUUGUUCGUCACGGCCGCACCGGUAGCAUCGAGUCCGGCUACCAUCCGCACAGAUCGAGCCACACGCGUAGCAUCAGCGAGACUACACGGGCAACGGUCUCUCCCAGGUGGCCCAAGACGCCCGCGGGCGACGACCACAACGGCCAUCCUGACAUCAGCAGCCCCGUCUCUCUCGCCACUGCCGACGACCCCCACCUGCUCAAACGCCAGCUUAGGAACUCGGAGCAGAGGGUUGCCGAGCUGGAGCGACAGUUCACCACCGAGAAGGAUCUUCAGAAUCUGAACAAGAAGCUCAUUGAGAAGAGGAAGACGGUCUCCGUCCUCGACACCCAGACUGAGAUUAUGAUUCGCCAGCUGGAAGUAUUGGCCGGCUACGUCGAGCGGGCAAAGGAGACCAAGACACCCGUCGACCCCCGUGAUCUGGAGGAUUCUGCCAUCAAGGAGUUCGUGCAGAAGCUCGACAAGGUCAAAAUGGCCAUGUCAGCAUCCAUCGAGCAGCUUCACGAGGAGCGGGACUUGUUGAUCGCGGAGAAGAACCAAGCCAUGUCUGACCGGGACCGCGCCCUCAUGGAAUUCGAGCAGCUUUCGUCAAAGAACGCACAGCUGGCCGACAUGAAUAACGAUCUUACCCAUCAGAUUCAGGAGCGAUUCAAGUCCCAGAUUGGCGGCGAGUUGAAGCCCCCCAACGGUCUCGGAAUCUACGGUUCUAAGGGCGGCGCCGGCUCGUCUCUGAACCUUGAUGCUUCUAGCAUGACUACGGGAGCCACGCUGGUGGCCGACGAGGAGCCUAUUGUUGAAAGCGGCCCCACGGUGGUGCAGGUUCGCAAGGGCCAAGUCAAGAAGUUCAACUGGAAGAAGGGCUCCAAGACCAUGGCUCAGAAUGUCGCCAAGGGUGUGAACAGGGCCGUGGUCGCGUUCCAGCAGAAUGACCGCGAAAGGAUGCAGCAUGGCGGGCUGGCUGGAGACAACAUUGGCUUGCCGUACAACAUGACAGUCUCGCAGGUGGAAUCUCCCGCCCAAGUUGGACCGAAUAGCCAGAACAGGCAGCAGCUCGAUCCUUCACGACAAGGGUUUGGCUUCUUCGGAAAGAAGAAUGCCAUGCCCAAGUCCGCGUCGGCCAGCGCCGUUGCAGUGCCCGCCGCCGCGGAGCCUGCUUCGACCCUGUUCGGCUCUGAGCUUGGUGAGCGAGUCGAGUACGAACGCCGCCAGAUUCCCACCGUCGUCUCACGAUGCAUCGAGGAGGUCGAGCUCAGAGGCAUGGAUCAGGAAGGCAUCUACCGCAAGACAGGCGGAAAUUCGCAGGUCAACAUGAUCAAGGAUGGCUUCGACAAGAAUGACAAUUUCGACAUCUCCGACCCCGACCUUGACAUCACCGCCGUCACGAGCGUUUUGAAGCAGUACUUCCGCAAGCUGCCCACACCGCUGCUCACCUUUGAUGUAUAUGAGCGUAUUCUGGAGUCCAACGCAAUUGCCGACGAGACCGAACGGUGUGAUCAUUUGCGAAAGACAUUUGCUUCGAUGCCGCAGAGUCACAAGGACUGCCUCGAGUUCUUGAUGUUCCAUCUAUCUCGUGUGGCUCAGCGCGAACCCGAGAACUUGAUGUCGCCGAAGAACCUGGCCGUCGUCUUCGCGCCUACCAUUAUGCGAGACCUCAGCAUCGAGCGAGAGAUGACGGACAUGCACGCGAAGAACAUUGCCGUGCAAUUUGUCAUUGAGAACAGUCACAGAAUCUUCGACGACUCGUAA